GUUGAACGUUGAAGCGACCGUUUUGUUAUAAACUGUCAAGAUUGACUUUUUGGAUAGUGCAGUGAUUCUUACCUAUGAUCAGUAUGCAAAAUUAACUUCAAUAUGAAAUUUCUAAUUCGAUGUUUAAUAUUUUGGACUUUUUCUGUGGAUAAAGGUCAAUUUCUUACUCAAACCUUCAACAGUGCUUUGCUUGAUAUGCAAUCAAACUGUACAAAUUCUGCAGCGGAAAAUUAUAGUUUAAAGAUCCUUUCUAGAAAAAGAAGAUAUCUCGUGUUUCCCGCAGGAUCGAGUUUUUCGGUUGCAGUUUGCAUGGCAAUUGGAGUGUACGGCAAUCCAAAUUACAACAUGUUCAGCUGGGCCGUUAAUUGGGGCGUUGCAUACAACUUGCCGAAUGAGACGAUUAGCAUUCACCGACACAUUAGGGAACCGAAAGCGGUAACACUUCGACGUCACCGUCGAGAUUUAUAUCGAAAGAUGGAAACGGCAAUAAAUAGCAUGGGUCACAAUGGACGGCAAUGCGUUCUGCGAGCGUUAUGUGAAAGCUCCCAGUUUUUUGGCAACAAAGGCUCAAAUAUGGCGAAGGAAAUGUUGCGCAGUUUGUUUAGCUUCCCAAAAUCUAGGGUGCUUUCGAUGGAGUCGGACGAUACUAGAGUUUACGAUGACGCUUAUCGGAAAGGGCGAAGGAAGGCACCGUGCACUUUACUGUAUCCAUUCUGCCGAUUUUCGCUGAUAGAGCUGGCCUUAGGUAAAUAUACCAGCCCCUUGGGGUUUAUGUGAGUAAAUGAGUACUUCCAAUUUUUGAGGCUGAAUC